GAGGGCUGCUCCUCGGGAAGCUGAAGGAGGGCUGCUCAAGCUCUCCUGUGUCUUGCAGAACUUCAAAACAGCGGUGCAGGAGAAUGUCACCAUCAAUGGGCAGCCCUGGGAUGAGACUAACGAUGACUCCAAGCCGCAGAGUGGUUCUGACAUUAAAACUCUUGAAGAUCAAUUUGAUAAACUAAUAGUAGUGACAACAACAAAGCGUAAGCAGUGGCCUAAAAAGAUACUGAUUCAUGCUACCCAAACCAUGAAAGCAGAGCAAGAGUUGUUGAUGCUCUACCAGCCUGUGGUACCACCAGAGGAGAUAAGAUCACCACCUUCUCAAGAUGCUUACAUCGCAGAUCUGAAGCAGCUGAUGGAAACGGCAUCCAAACACAUCAGAGGAACAAUGAAGUCUCUCCCAGGACUAAUAGAAAGAGCAGAAGGUUUUUCCCAAGUGUUAACUUGGCAACCAACCUUGGAACUCUGCAAGCUGCAGCAAGAAGUCUUUGCUCGCAAAGCAGAGAAGGAAACCAAUGUCCAAAAUUUCAUCUCACCAGGAGAAGUCACACCAACAGACACUGAUACCAAUAAAAAUGUUUUGCUUAAAAGAAGAAAAGCUGCAGCUUCACCAGAAAGAAGACGCUACCCCCUUCGACGGAGGAAGAUUGCUCUCAGCGCCUGA